GGCGGUGUCAUUUUUUUUAUUAGGACUGGAACUUCUAGAAGAUUCUAUUUAUAUUAGAUAGCUGCAAUAGCUCAACAAGAACUCAGCCCUCGUACCCGAGAGAGGCUUUCGGGAAUCGUAUGACCUGCUGCCGCUCAUCCCAAAGAUAACCGACUGUUGACCGCAGCUUUCUCGCUCCUUUUCGAGCGUGCCGCACCGGACCCCGCGCGUUAGAAAACAAGACGUUUUGGAGGAUGUACUACAACACCGCGCAACGGCAGGAAGAACUUGGAUAUUAGGAUAAGAAACACCGCUCUUCGUUUUGUAAAAGGGUUUGACAGUUGAAAAAGGGACACUGACAGCGCGACAAUGCCAGAAGAAAAAGUGUUUCAUCAGCAGGGUGUCCACAGCCCUCUGGAGCAGGGGGUCAGCAGCAGCAGCUCCAUCCCCUGUCAGAACUGUGGCAAGGCCUGUAAGGGAGAGGUGCUGCGCGUGCAGAACAAACACUUCCACAUCAAGUGCUUCGUCUGCAAAGUGUGUGGCGUUGACCUGGCCCAAGGGGGGUUCUUUGUGCGCCAGGGGGAGUACAUUUGCACCCUGGACUACCAGCGGAUGUACGGCACGCGCUGCUUCAGCUGUGAGGAGUUCAUCGAGGGAGAGGUGGUGUCGGCCCUGGGCAAGACCUACCACCCACGCUGCUUCGUCUGCGCCAGCUGCAAACAGCCGUUCCCUGCCGGUGACCGCGUGACGUUUAACGGUAAAGAGUGUAUCUGCCAAAACUGUACAGAGCCCCUGCCUGCCAACAGCCCUGCUCCCAUACAGGCUGUCCACAACUGCUGUGGCUGUGGGAAGGAGUUUAAGAACGAGCAGUCCCUGGUAGCGCUGGACAAACACUGGCACCUGGGCUGCUUCAAGUGUAAGGUGUGCAACAAGGUGCUCAACGCAGAGUACAUCAGCAAGGAUGGGAUCCCCUACUGCGAGGUGGACUACCAUGCCAUGUACGGCAUCCAGUGUGACAGCUGCAAGAAGUACAUCACCGGCAAAGUACUGGAGGCUGGGGAGAAACACUACCACCCGUCAUGUGCCCGCUGUGCCAGGUGUGAGCAGAUGUUUGGAGAGGGAGAGGAGAUGUACCUGCAAGGCAACUCUAUCUGGCAUCCUCCCUGCAGACAGGCAGCCAGACAGGAGGAAAAGAGUAAGAAGCAGGUCCGGAUACAGCUCAAUGACGUCUCUGAGCGGCAGGUGACCAGGACCUCCUCUGAGAGCAUCACCUCUGUCCCAGCCUCCAGUGCGUCUGGCUCUCCCAGCAGGGUCAUCUACGCCAAACUAGGAGAUGAGAUGCUGGACUACAAGGACCUUGCUGCUCUGCCAAAGAUCAAGGCGAUCUACAACAUCGACCGGCCAGACAUGCUCUCCUACGCUCCUUAUGUCAGCUACCCCUCAGAGGAACGACACUACGGAGAUGGCGACGGAGAGAAGUCUCCCCGUCAGAGGAGGCCCUCCAGCCCCAGCUCCAACAGCUCCCAGGGGAGGUAUGGAGGGUACACCCCAUCCCGCUCCCCCCAGAACUACAGCAGGCCAGCGGAUCUUUAUAUGGCCAGUAAAGCAAUGGGUAAUAGAUACAAUGGCCAGCCCCUUGACUCCAGCUCCCUCCCCCACCCCUCGGCCUACACGGAGGGGCCUAAGUACCUCUCCCCCUUGGCUAGGGACUUCUCCUCCCUCCCCAUGCACUACUCAGAGGGCCUACCCCCCAAGUACCCUGGGGCGCUGCAAAUGCCUGGGGGGAUGACAGUGCCUGGCAGAAUCUCUCCCAGGGGCAGAGUCUCUCCUGGAGGCAGAAACUCUCCUCUGCCCCUUAACCCUACCACCCUGGCCAUGCUCCAGCAGCACAACUAUGUGCCCUACUUCAGAGGUAGUGAAAGUGGUCGGAGUACACCCAGUUUGUCCACCUAUUCCGACGGCAAAUCUCCCUCCUCCACCUAUGUGGCUGCUCCCAGGCAUUUCCACGUACCAGAGACUAAGGUCAAGAUAGAUAAUAUCUAUAGAAAACCCCCUAUCUACAAGCAGCAUGCCUCUAGAACAUCCUGGCCAGAAGGGGACGACGUCAAGACGAGGACCAGUUGGAUGAUCUUGAAGAGUGAGAUAGACGGCCAACCUCUCCCAGAGGACCUGCUGGACCCCAGGAAGUCCACCUGCAGCCUGCCCACUGACGCCUCCCUGCCCAGCUUCCCCUACAGCAAGUCAGCUUCCCUGCCAGGAUAUGGAAAAAAUGGCAUAUACAAGGAGGUUGCCGACCAUGCUGAGGAUGAGCCAGACCAGCAGGACUCCCACAGCUGGGGAGGAAUGAGAGAGUACAAGGUGUACCCCUAUGAGGUGCUGGCUGUGACUCACAGGGUGAGGGUGAAGCUACCCAGAGAUGUGGACCGUACCAGACUGGAGAGACACCUCUCCCCAGAGGACUUCCAGUAUGUGUUCGGGAUGACCCUGGACCAGUUUGACCGCAUGGCCCUGUGGAAGAAGAACGACAUGAAAAAGAAGGCACGCCUUUUCUAAAGCCAAGUGACUGUAACAGGGAUAAAAAUAGCAUCUCUAGUCUACAACGUCUGUCCAGUCUGGAAGAAAGGAAAUCAGAAGGAAAAAAACCACCAUCAGAAAUCAUCUAUAUAUGCACCGCCAUACGACGUUGCGCCUGCGAAACAUCAUCUCUGCCAGAAUAAGGAAGGUGGAGACAUUUUCACGAUGUCGCCGUGACCGACAUCCAACGUCGAGGCAAUGUUCGUCACAUAUAGCUUUUGUAUGCGUUGUGGUCUGAAUGUUAUUUUUUUUAUAACCUUUGAGGAGGUGGGGGGGGGGGGGGGUAGAUGCAUUUGCAUGGCCCGUUGACACCACUCCUCCUCUUCCCCUCUCCCCGCCUCUAUGUGAGUUCUGCAUCCCCCUCCCCCUUCCUCCCCAAAAAGAGAAAUAGGCUUUUUUCUCUUUGUCUCUGUUUCUUCCUGGUUCAACGUCUGCCUCUUCUACGGUCUUUAUCUCGACUUGGAACAAUAUCUCUGUCUGUUUUCUAUCUGUUUCGCUUUCCCCUCUUUUAUCAUUCCUGCUAUCUGUUUUUCUUACCCUCUCUUAAGGUCUCUCACUUGAUCUUUCCUUAUCUACCGUGUCUCAUUUAAGGUCUCUCUCUCUCUCUCUCAUCCCCCCCCUCUCUCUCUCAUUCCCCCCCCCCCUCUCUUUCUCUCUCUCAUUCUCCCCCUCUCUCUCUUUCUCUUACCACCUCACCUCUCCUCUUACUCCUCUUCUCUGUCUUUUUCCAUCUCCUUUUCUUUCUCUCUUUCUUUCUUUCUCUCUCUCUCUCUAUCCUCCCUUUCCCCGCUGUAGCCUGUGCUAGCCUCUAACUCACCACAACUUAUAGUCUCAUAUCUGAACAACAGAUGUAUCAUUUUACAGCAGUGGAGGUUAAGAUAGGAAAAGUUUAUCUUCUCCUUUUUUAAGUGGGUAGUUUGUUUGAUAGCCAUGCCGUGAUUUGUUGAUAGAGGGCUGUAUCUUACACACGCCACUCAUAAAUCAGUGAAGAUGGGAGUGUUGGGGUUGGAUCAGAGCCAACAGCAUGAAUCAUGGGUAAAAACAGUACCAUAGGCACCACUGAUACCCAUAGCAGAUGUAUAGAGCCUCAGGUUCUUUCAAGCCCUGUUGUCAAACACUGCCUUGCCAGACACUUUUACGUAAAUCCCUUUCCAUCAAAAACCUACAUUAUUUUUAUAAGCUAUUUUUGACUCCUGGAUGGCCGUCAUCCAUUCUGUGGAAGUUUUCAGAUGUGAGAAUCGUGUUGUUCUGACACCUUUAUCAUCUGCUCCCCCCUCAUUGUCCUCACACUAUCUAACACAGGCCUGCAGCAGCACUUGAGCAAUACAAGUUAAGCCUUGCUUAAUGAAUUGAUAAUGACAUAUUGACAUAUAAUCUGUACCUUCUGUGAUAGAGGAUGAACCCUUUCUAUGUUCGUUGUUUGUAAAUCAUUUGGCAUCCACUGCCACAUAUGUAGUGGGAAAACAUAUAUUGGCUUUGCUAAGUCUCCAGAAACUCCAACAAUUAAUUCAACCAUAAGUGGUAUACAAUAUACACGUGACAUACAGUGUACAUAUAUUUGUCUCGGAGUUUGUUAUGCAAGCCAAGGUAUAUAUUGCCUCUAGGGCAUGCAUGCAUAUGAGAGAUGGUCGAGGUCGUCUACGAUGGAAAUGUAUGAAAAUGUUUGUAAAAACAUUCUCAAUUUGGAUCAUUUUGGUCCCUCAUUUUGGUUAAUUAUUUUAUGCACAUUUUGUAACACGACUUUUGUCCAAUGAAAAGCCCAAUUCAGAUGCUUUUGUUUGGCAUUUAUUUAUAGACAUCUUAAAGGGAGGAUGAGGAUGGUCAUCUUUAAAUCUAAUGGCUAUAGGGCAGGUGUAUUGGAAAAUACAUGCUCAAUAUAGAUGAAAAAUACAUAAUAAAUAUCAAAUCAGAGUUUUGCUCCAUCGCUAAGUAGAACAUUAAGCCGUCGUCAUCAAAGCUCAUGUCUCCUGACUUCUCAUGUCAAUCUGAAAUAUAAGCGCUUUUAUCGAGAUUCAAAUCAAAUGUAUUUAUGACACCCGUUUUGCGUCAGCAGAUGUCACAAAGUGCUGAUACAGGAGCAAUGGAGUCGACCAUGUAUUAAAAUGCUUGAGUGUGCCUCGUUGAAUGUGAAUGCCGAUAGUGUUGCAGAAUUACAUUGUCAAAUCUAAUGUCUGCUUAUAUCGGAUGAUCAUUUAUGCAGUUUGGAAGAAUGCUGUGUGUAUGGAUGUGUGUAAGUUUGGACCUUUUUGGAUCACUGUUACGACAUCAUUGUAACAUUGAAAGAAGGUUGAUGUAGCGUUAUCAAUGGUGAGGAGGGCUUUCCCAGAACAGAGAUCACAAUGGAGGGCUGUUCGGAAACACUGUGUUUGUUUUUGUGUUUGAACAGCUGUGGAAACAGUAGUGUAAGCUGAGAGGCAGAAACUAAGGAACACGUAUCCAGGUCUGAGCUCUGAACUUGCCCUUAGGCACACACAGAUCUGGGUUCAGAUUCCAUUCUCCUAAUCCUAACCUUAACUAUUAGGGAGGAAAUGUUAAAUGUGUCUUAGUUCAGUCAGUGUCGACACUCUUAGAAAAAAGGGUUCUUCGGCUGUACCCAUAGGAGAACCUUUUUUGGUUCCAGGUUGAACUUAUUUGUCAUUUGGGUUCCAUGUCCUCAACUGAAACCAACAAGGGUUUUUCAAAGGGUUCUCCUACGGGGACAGCCAAAGAACCCUUUUAGGUUCCUUAUAGCAGUGUAGGGCCAAGUGCAUUCUGUUUUGCUCAAGGGUCAGGCCAGAUCAGCAGAGCUCACAUAGCCCAGAUACAAACCAGGCCAGACCAGCAGAGCUCACAUAGCCCAGAUACACACUAGGCCAGAUCAGCAGAGUUCACAUAGCCCAGAUACACACCAGGCCAGAUCAGCAGAGCUCACAUAGCCCAGAUACACACUAGGCCAGAUCAGCAGAGCUCACAUAGCCCAGAUACACACCCGGCCAGAUCAGCAGAGCUCACAUAGCCCAGAUACACACCAGGCCAGAUCAGCAGAGCUCACAUAGCCCAGAUACACACUAGGCCAGAUCAGCAGAGCUCACAUAGCCCAGAUACACACUAGGCCAGAUCAGCAGAGCUCACAUAGCCCAGAUACACACCCGGCCAGAUCAGCAGAGCUCACAUAGCCCAGAUACACACCAGGCCAGAUCAGCAGAGCUCACAUAGCCCAGAUACACACCAGGCCAGAUCAGCAGAGCUCACAUAGCCCAGAUACACACUAGGCCAGAUCAGCAGAGCUCACAUAGCCCAGAUACACACCAGGCCAGAUCAGCAGAGCUCACAUAGCCCAGAUACACACCAGGCCAGAUCAGCAGAGCUCACAUAGCCCAGAUACACACCAGACCAGAUUGCACAACCCGUUCAUCAUCUCUUUAGGUAAACAGGCCUCCCACUCAGAGGAAUCAGCUGUGUGUCUCUCUUACGUCAAGGUCAAUACAGUGUUGGAUUCACAACUUUAUUUACGCUUUUGAAACAGGAAAUCGGAAGGAGCUGCCCAAUAGACGCAAUUUUUUUGCUUCCGAUUUAUUUUGAAUAUAGAGACAUAAUAACAUAUCAUAUGGUCAAUGUGUGGCUUCUGUUUUUGCUUGUUUGAUUGUAAUGGAAGCCAGAUAUUUAUGAAUAUCCUAUGUAUGCAGGUAUAUGUCCAUUGCGCCGCUAUGGUCACAGAGAAGUGUAUUACCAUGUUUGUUAUAGAAUGUCCCGUGAAAAUAAAUCUGCCUCAUUGUAUUAACCCCAAAUGUUAUGGAAUGACUAGUCUUUAUCAAAUAAUGUUGUUCUUUUAACCUAAUGGCUAGGCGUAACGCGAAGCCGUCUCUGUGGCACACAAUUAGAAUCAUGCUGACAUUGCCGUUAUGCAAUAUGAUGAUGUUAAAAUGAAUUUGGCUCUGUCACAAUCUAUUAUUUUGCACUGUGUAACCAACGGAUACCAUAUGCUGUGAUUGGAUGUUGUUGAGGCCCUGUGGAGGAUGAUGAGAGGCUGAAAAUAUGGCUUAGCAUUAUUCUAAUGCUGUAACUAAGCCUUUUGUUUAGCUUUUGUUCUUAUUUGGCUUCGCUGGUUUGCAAGAAAUACUGAUGUCCAUCUUUAAAUAAAUGUUUCAUUCAGUACCGUU